AUGGGCACCGCACUCAUCCUCUCGCCCCUUUUCUACUUCACCUGGUUGCGGACAGCCACCUCGAAUGCAAACUUUUACUUUGCCGCUGCUCUUAUACACAGUCUUGGGCGUACCCAAAUUCUUUCUCAGUUGACUGCCGGCUACAUGCGGUUUCAAUUCUACCAAAGGUACGGCAAAGAGCCCCGUCUUUCAAACGGUGUCAAACUGGUUCCAAAGAUGCAGCUUUAA